GAGAUCUGGUUGCUGAUCGUCGAUGAGCUCGGUGCAAAACGCGAAUACGACGCGUCGGAAGCCUGCAUCUAUGCUAGUGAAGGAUUUAUUGAGGAGAGAGCAGAGAGGUACCUUCCAUCCGCAGUGGUAUUCAGGACGCAGGAGGAGGUUGCGAAUAUCAACCUGGUGCCGCGUUGGAAGGGUCCAUACACAGUGCGCAUCGAGGGAGGAGUACGUGGAGGCGAGCGGCUUCCGAUCCCACAUUUGACGACAUUCGCUUCGAGGCUCGCGCGAAAAUGGACCCGCGCGGCAAACUUGAGGAUCUCGAGAGCGGAAUGGCGAUUGCAAAAUCUUGAUCAGCAUUCCGUCUUAAUCAAUUUAUCCUGCUUCGACAACGUCAAACGCCUCUUUCUCUAUGAUGUCACGUUCCCUUCGGUCCUGACCUUUUGGCGCCUCGUCUGCGCGCUCCCACGGCUCGAGAGGGUUCAUCUCCGUAACGUCAGAAUUGUUAGGACUGCCAUCAAUGCCAGGAUACUUGCAACAUUGUGCCUUUUGCCCGCUACUAGGGUGGUCACAAUUCACCUAUCACGGCCCGAGGAGUCCGGUGUCGAGCGGCCUGGAUCGACCGCAACGCGCUGUGCUGGGUUACUUCAGGCGAUAGUAGCGCAUACCAUCCCGUCUCUCAAGACGUCCCCAUGGAGCAAGAUCACAAUACUAGUGUUGUGGGAUGUUAUCCUUCCGACCGCUGGCGCUUUUUCACGCCUGCUCCAUGCCCUUCCCGCCCUCCAGGAACUCACCAUCAAGAGGCCAUGCAUGUUCUUGGCAAAUGGCUUUGAUUCCAAAUGCCUUCCUGAACACCCGGCCACGCUACCACAGUUGAGAUGUGGUGAACUGGGCGAGGACUUCUCCAUACAUUCUGAUCAUCAGUCCGUGCACGACCUCUUCAUUCAAACCGGCGCCGGUGGCCGUCUGCAAAGUAUCACGGCUUGGUUGAUACCGCCCUUGCGUGUAGCAACUGGCAUAGAUGUCGCUCUCAAUGGACUCGUCAAGCAUGCUGGCCAAUCGCUGCGUAAUCUUGACCUCACAGUACUCCCACAGGGCAGCUUCCCGCUGUCCAAUGAAGCAUCCACGUAUGCAGCUCCGAUACAAGCCUGUUGUUUUGAUGUCCCGGCGAAUUCACAUCUCAAGCGCCUUGAAUAUUCAGUCGAUACAACUCACGAGGGAAUUUCAUCAAUUGCCCCUCUGGUGGAGCUUCUUCACCAGGUCACAUCACCACAGUUGUUCAGCAUCGAUUUGUUUCUCGAAGUCAUGGACAAGGCAAACCUUGCAAAGUUAUGGACUGGCCUCUCACAUCUCGACGUUGCUCUCUCCAGAAGUAUAUUUGACAAGCUUCGGAAUGUCGAUAUAUACUUCAUUCUUGCAAAUGAUUCCAUACAUAUUCCCGGAACUAUGGUGAGGUCAUGCUUACCAAAUGAUACAACGGUCUAUACUCCUAUAUCGAUGCCUGACUCGUAG